AUGCGGGUCCAGAACUGGAGCGAGGUGAAGAUGCCGACCUUCCAGGUGGUGCGCGCCUUGCCGAAGAGGUCGAGCGGCACGACGGACUCCCGGAGCGCGCCGGUCCCCAUUGCCAUCUUGAUGCACCACGCCGAUCUCCCACAGCCCCACAUCGCCAUAGCCUGCAGCCCCGCACCGCGCCCCUCGCCACAUCCGCAGCCUCGCACCGUGUGCCUCUCCCCCACAGCCCCAUACCUCGCCUCUCACCACAGCCCGCUGGCGCUCUGGCGUGGAUCGAGUGAGGCAUGGAUCCGCCAUCUGUUCCCCAAGGCAUGCCUCUCGUGGCGGCAGCGGCCAGAUCUCUUUGUCGACGACCUCGGCGGCGUGGAGCUCCUCCGGUUGCGGUGCUUUAGGAGCUAUGACGGCAAAGAAUCUGGCAGUUGGUCUUUGAAACUGAACAACGGAGGCAGUGUAUGGGCUUCAUUACCGCCACUUAAAAAUGGAUCUACAGAGCAUCAGAAACCUUUAAUAUUGGCUAUUGCAUCCCAAGACUCUGCAUCGUUUUUUCGGGACCGUAGUCUUGGUUCAGAUUCUCCCAUAUCUGCGAUUGUGACUGACGAAGAUGAUAUGGAGUCGAUAGCAAAUAGGUUUCUGUCAGCUGAUAUGGACUUGCAGAAGCAGAUAAUCGAGAAGUCACCUCCCAAGAGGAGGCUGACAGUAGACACCAUUUUCUGA